GAGGCUUUGAUGCACCCGUGUCCUUCGCUAUUGACUUGACUCCCAUUACCACGGCAAGGACGAUUGUAUUGCUUCAUCCGAGUAGUGAUUACUCCCGUACCUGCAUAGGAAACGUUGGAUCGCGGGGGCCCUUGCGCAGCAAAAUUUCCACACUCGACGGCACGUUCAACCCAGACUGAGACAUCCCAAACCUCAACACCACCACCCGCUCCCAAAACCACGAGGCUCCCUCAGCCUGCCGCGUGAGCAACGGUCUUGUCAGUGCCAGCUCGUCCGCCUGAUUUGCCCCCCGAAGAGAAUAAAAUAUAAGCCCAUAUCACCCAGGACCGAAGGACACCGUCUUCGCCAUGUCCAAAACAACUCUUGCCGUCAUUGCAGCUGUCAGCGCAGGUGCUGGUGCCGCUGCUACUGCCGCCAUGUACUCGAUGCGCUCAGAAAAGCGCCUCGAAGCUCCCCAGUCAACCACAGCAACCACAUCAACAACAACCACUGUCACAACAACCGCGAAACCCCCCGUCCCCGCCUCUCAAGUCUUCACACCCCCCACCCCCCCGCUCCCUCCCGCCGUCACCUCCGGCCCCGUCAAUCCCGCAGGCCUGUUCGAGUACGGCUUUCCCGGGCCCGUAGCCGACCUGGCGCACCGGAGCGCGCUCAUCUCGUCCUUCGACCGGCGCACGCGCAACCCGCACUGGGUAGUGGAGCACAUCACGCCCGCCUCCCUAUCCCAACGCUCAGGAGACCGCAAGAACAGCGCUUUUCUCGAGGACCCUUCCAUCCCCGAAAAGUUCCGGGCCAAACUGAACGACUACUUCCGAUCCGGGUACGACCGUGGCCACCAGGUUCCCGCGGCCGACUGCAAGUGGUCGCAAAAGGCCAUGGACGACACUUUCUACCUGAGCAACAUGUGCCCGCAGGUCGGCGACGGGUUCAACCGCGACUACUGGGCGCACGUCGAGGACUUCUGCCGCCGCUUGACGCAGCGCUACCCCAGCGUCCGCAUCGUCACGGGCCCCUUGUACCUGCCCCGCCGCGACCCGGCCGACGGCAAGUGGUACGUCAAAUACGAAAUGAUUGGCAACCCGCCCAACGUGGCCGUGCCGACGCACUUUUACAAGGUCAUUUUUGCCGAGGAAGGGGACGGUCCCAAUGCCGGCGGAAAGGUGGCCCUGGGCGCAUUUGUUCUGCCCAAUGCGCCCAUCCCCAACGAGAAGCCGCUGUCUGAUUUUGAGGUGCCCAUCGAGGCCAUCGAGAGGGCCAGCGGGCUCGAGUUUGCCAGCAAGCUACCCGUGCAGAGGAGGAAGCGCCUGUGCGCCGAGACGAACUGCUCCAUUGUGGUCAAGGAGUAUGCUGAGAGGCAGAAGGCUUUUGGGCAGCAAAGCAAGUGAGCGGUGGGGUGCGGGCAAGAAGGGUUUUCUUGCUUCAUUGGUCUCCUCCGUGAUAUUUAUGUCGCGAUCCUGUAUACCUUUUUGUACUAUCACAGCAUCUUUGGUUGGUCGGUUGCAUAGAGGGGUUCAUGUUUCAUCAACAGAUGCGUUCUUAUUACCGUUCAUAGAGGGAGCGAGAGGAAGAGCUAGCGCGAGCUUCGUGCCUUAGGUUACCAUAUCUUGUAUAGCAGAUUCAUGUAGCAUAGCACCAGAUAAAUGUACAAGGCACUAC